GGGAGAAAAACACUACAGAAAAUAUACAGCACGGGCAAGAAAAAAACUCCACAAACGACUAUUUACCACGGAGGAGAGGAGACGCGGAUGAGAGCGGAGACUGGAGUCGUUUUUGCCCGAUGUCGUGAGCGGGAACGCGGGAGGAGUAGCGCAGGAUUACCGGGGGGAGAAGCAGCGGUCGGAUUACACUGAAAAGGGAAAACAGCGGUCCAGAGGGGAUGAGGUGACCGCCACGAAGCCUCGGGAAUACGGGAUAGAGUUGUGCGUAAAGACGGAGAAAGGACGUUUUUACGCAGCGCUCUUGGAUCUAUUUCAAAUGUUGUCGUGGUGAUAACUGAUGUUUUUACGCAUUGGGGAGCUGUCAGAUGAUAGUUUCACCCUUCUAAAAAAUACGAGACCGAUUUGAGUUGAGCCCAAACCAACCACCAGUCUGCUGCCACCGACCGCUCCAGUCCGAAAAAGUCCGAGUGCGGUUCGUCGUUUUCCGGAGAGGAGCGGUGGAUUGAGCCGAUGCCAACGGCAGAUUGCAGGUUGCUCCAUCAUGGCCGGGUCAUGAGGUGUCUAACCUGCCUCCUAUUUUUACCAGAAACCCUCAAAAAGUCGCUGAAAAUCGGUACGCUCCCAGGCAGGCUCCCGCUAUGUUCUGAGCUCCUGACUCUCUCACUCAGCCUCAAAAAUAAGAAGAAAAAACAGGCGCAGGAAAAGAAGAUGGCUGCAGAGUUGUACCCCGCGAACGUGAACGGCACCGCGGGCCUCCAGAGCGGGACCACGGUGGCGGACACGGAGAAGCCCAAAGAGGUGCAGGUUUGCCAGGCGAGCAGCAGCACCAGCGCCGCAACCACCCCGACCUCCAACCAGCAAAACAUCACCAACAACAACACGGUGGAGCCGGCCAGCUGGCAAUGCAGCCACCCCACGCUCCGAGAAAGAAAUGCCCUGAUGUUUAACAAUGAGCUGAUGGCGGACGUGCACUUCAUAGUUGGUCCACCGGGGGAGUCGCAGAAGGUCCCUGCCCACAAGUACGUGUUGGCUGUGGGCAGCUCCGUGUUCUGUGCCAUGUUCUACGGAGAUUUGGCCGAGGAGGAGUCCGAGAUCCAGAUCCCAGACGUGGAACCUGCAGCUUUCCUCAUUCUGCUCAAGUACCUGUACAGUGACGAGAUCGACCUGGAGGCUGACACAGUUCUGGCGACUCUUUACGCUGCUAAAAAGUACAUCGUCCCUGCGUUGGCGAAGGCCUGCGUCACGUUUUUGGAGACGAGUCUGGAAGCAAAAAACGCGUGUGUCCUCCUCUCCCAAAGCCGCCUUUUCGAGGAACCCGAGCUGACGCAGAGAUGCUGGGAGGUGAUCGACGCUCAGGCAGAACUGGCCCUUUGCUCCGAGGGAUUCUGCGAAAUUGACCUGCAGACUUUGGAAAUUAUCCUGCAACGCGAAACUCUGAACGCUAAAGAAGUGGUGAUUUUUGACGCGGUUUUGAACUGGGCAAGCGCUGAAUGUAAAAGACAAGGUUUGGGGCCUACCAUUCGAAACAGGAGAGAGGUGCUCGGGAAAGCGUUGUUUCUGGUUCGAAUCCCGACUAUGACGCUAGAGGAGUUUGCAAACGGAGCAGCCCAGUCUGAUAUUUUAACGUUAGAAGAGACGCACAAUGUUUUUUUGUGGUUCACCGCCGCUAAAAAACCACAGCUGGACUUCCCGUUGACGCCCAGAAAAGGGUUGGCGCCGCAAAGAUGUCACCGCUUUCAGUCUUCGGCGUAUCGUAGCAACCAGUGGCGUUACCGCGGGAGAUGUGACAGCAUUCAGUUCGCCGUGGACAAGCGGAUUUUCAUCGCCGGGCUGGGGCUGUACGGGUCGAGCGGCGGGAAAGCAGAGUACAGCGUUAAGAUCGAACUGAAGCGCCAAGGGAUCAUCCUGGCGCAAAAUCUCACCAAAUUCGUUUCGGAUGGAUCUAGCAGUACUUUCCCGGUUUGGUUUGAGAAUCCCGUACAAGUCGAGCAAGACACUUUCUACACGGUGAGCGCGGUGCUGGACGGGAGCGAGCUGAGCUACUUCGGUCAAGAGGGAAUGACCGAAGUCCAGUGCGGAAAAGUGACGUUCCAGUUCCAGUGUUCUUCGGACAGCACCAACGGGACUGGCGUGCAGGGAGGACAGAUACCAGAGCUAAUAUUUUACUCCUGAAUUCUCAAAAAAAAAUAAAAAUACUGAGAAUAAUUGUAAAACUGUAAAAGCCUUUAAAGGUGCAUUGUGGAACUUUUGUGGUGGAGGGUUCGUCAAACACUUUUCUCCACUGACAUCUUAAUACUUUGUCUGGAAAGUUUCACAGUGUGGUUUUAAACCUUUCUAUCAUCAUGGAGACCAAACCAGACCAAGCUGCAGGUCAGAUCUGUGGAGAGGCGACCCCACUCACAGUCAGAAUGUCUGUUUUUCUAGGUAUUUUUAAGCUAUAAAACCACCUGUAAUCGAUUAAACAUAAGGUAGAUCCGUUUAAUGUCACACUGUGGAAUAUUCCAGGCAGAGCAAAGACGUAUCCAUAGAAACAAACAGGUGACGGACCCCCAACCGAAAAGUUACACAGUGCAGCUUUAAUGAAAUGUAGCAAACUAAAGCUGCGAUCACAUAAAAGUACUUCCAUUUUUGAAAACUUGUGCCGGAUGCCCUCCCCUCAUCUUAUAUCCAUGCGUUAAACUGCCCUCGCGUUCUCGUAUAUGCCUGUGUGUGUCAGAUGCCCUCCCAGUAGAUAAAGUCCACAGUUGCUUGAAAUUAGAUGGACAAACCUGAAUGUGCCUGAUUUUGACGUUUAAAAGUAAUAUAAACGAAUUUCAUUUGUACGCGAUAUUUAUGACUGUGCCUAAAUGUAAUGUAAUGUAAAAGCAUAGCAAAAAAUAAUAUAAAUAAUAAUUAUACUUUAAAUUAACACAGCGAUACUGCAUCACAUGUGACCUACUAACACCUAUUGAAAACUGCAAUGUUUAAAGAGGGGGUAUUAACUUCUAACACGUCAUAUAUUUCGAUCACCAUGUUACCUUUUAUUGUUUUGAAAAUGCUAUAUUCACAAAAGCAGCAUAUUAACAUGUUUUAUAAGCUUCACUUUCACUUUGGACGCCGAGUUUCACUUCCCAUUGCUCCCUGCGCCAAGUCACUCCCCCUUCAGAGCGCUGUCACAACACAACUACUGCACAUCGUAUGAAACUACUGCAUGGAUGAUAUCGAAAACCUCUUCAGGCAUGUUUUUGGUUACGGAACAACAUUAUAACAAGCUAAAAAACAUUAUAACAAGCUAAAAAAAAAAGAA